CGUCCGAUUGUUUAUUGAGCUCGCGGAGCCACGCGCCCGGCUCGCGGAGCGUCACCCGGCGGGCGGAGUCCCGCGCGAGAAGCGUGCGUCUUCAAAGGGGGUGGGGUGUCCGACGCGUGUUGAAAAAGCGGAGAGCUGCCAAAGUUUGUAGCAGAAGCGAGGGACCACAACACCACGCGAAGGGCGCGAGAGUCGUGCGUCGCUAGUUUUUUGACAGUGACACUGGAUUUGUUGUUCGAGAAGAUUUGCCCAAAAACAUGGAUGCUGCGCAAAGUGCAUGCAACGCGUCCGUCAUCCUGCAAGAUUGCGCGCAAACCAAGUCGAAGGUGCUGAAGAGACAGCGCUCGCGCUCGCCGGAGCUGUUGCGCUGCAAGCGGAGGCUCGCGUUCAACGGGCUGGGAUACAGCAUCCCGCAGCAGCAGCCCGUCGCGGUGGCGCGGCGCAACGAACGCGAGAGGAACCGCGUCAAACAGGUCAAUAUGGGAUUCCAGACGCUGCGCCAGCACGUUCCCAACGGCGCGGCCAAUAAGAAGAUGAGUAAAGUGGAGACGCUCCGCUCCGCGGUAGAGUACAUCCGCGCGUUGCAGCAGCUGUUGGACGAGCACGAUGCGAUUUCUGCCGCGUUCCAGUGCGGCGUUCCGUCGCCGACGCUCUCCAACGCGUACUCGGCCGAUCCCGAGUCGCCACACUCCUCCUAUUCAUCCGAUGAAGGGAGUUACGAGCACCUGAGCUCUGAAGACCAAGAGCUGCUGGACUUCACAACAUGGUUUGAUCGCUACUGAUGAGAUUUGACGAUCCUCACUCAAACGUUCCUUCACGUGACUGCUGGAAAACCCAGAUUAUGGAACGUGGUUGUUGGUUUUUCACUGGUCCAAGAUGAUCUAGAAACCAGCUACUGUGUUCCAAACAAACCUGGACUCUUGUAAACUUCACAGAUGCUGCUUUGUCGACUCUACAGGCAGCAGUCUGGGACGCUGUGGCUUAAUGGUUAAGCUGGAAAAGGUUGUAGGUUCGAACCCCAGUGGGGCCGAUGAGCUUUACAAUUGCGAAACAAGUCAAGACUGCUGGAUGAACACAUUUCAUAAGUGCAAUUGUGGGCAUGAUAUGUUGACGCAACUGAUGCCGUUAAGAUGAGACCAACUUCCCUAAGAAUGUCAAGCUAAUGGGAAUAUUGAUUAUUAUUACCUACAACCAACUACCAGGUCUGCUUAAGGACCUAAGUUGAAAUUUGUACAAUAACUUUUUGUAUUGUUAAAGAUGAAGAUAUAUUUUUGUAAGUGGAGCACAACAGGCUCUUUGUGAGGAUGAACGCUGUUAGAUUGUUGUAAUGAUAAUAAUAACCGUUCAGUUUAGAUCAAAGUUGUUUUUAACACUGGAGGAGAGUUGAUCUGUCGAUCUGUAUUUAUCAAAAUUUUAUUGUCUAGAUGUAGUUCUUCCUGUGAAACCAUACACGGUGGACUUUUUCAAUGCACUUGUCCAUUUUUUGUAGUGUACAUAAAUGAUUUUAACAAAUAUAUUUUGUGCAAAUGUUUUAUAAAUAAAUCUGCUCUAUUUAUACGUA